AUGGCUGGAAAUUUCCUCAUUAUUGUGUUAGUUGUGACUGAUCAGCACCUUCACACACCCAUGUACUUCUUUCUGGGGAACCUAUCCUUCCUGGAGACCUGCUACACAUCCACCCUCCUGCCAAGGAUGCUGGCCACUUUCCUGACAGGUGACAGAACCAUUUCUAUUACUGGCUGCCUUACACAAUUUUAUUUUUUUGGUUUUCUGGUGACCUCUGAAUGCCUCCUCUUGUCAUCAAUGUCUUUUGAUAGGUAUUUAGCCAUAUGCAAACCACUGCAUUAUGCAACUCUAAUGAAUCACAAGUUGUGCAUAAUACUAGCAGCUGGCUCUUGGAUAACUGCACUUCUGGUCAGCGCCAUUAUCACCUUUUUCAUGGCACAAUCAAUUUUCUGUGGACCUAAUGAAAUUAAUCAUUUCUUUUGUGACUUCACUCCAGUUAUAAAGCUCUCCUGCAGUGACACUUACUUGGUAGAAUUUGUAACUACCCUCCUGGCCUCUCUAUGCACAUUUCCUUCCUCCCUAUUAACCUUGAUGUCAUAUGCUUGCAUCAUCACCACUAUCCUGGGAAUUCCUUCAACCACUGGGAAGAAAAAGGCAUUUUCCACCUGCUCCUCUCACCUUAUUGUCGUGACAAUUUACUAUGGGACCUUAAUGGUUGUAUACAUUUCACCCAGAAAUGACAAAUUAAAGAACUUGAACAAAGUUCUCUCUCUCUUCUACACUGUGCUGACUCCCCUGGCCAAUCCCCUUAUCUACAGCCUGCGGAACAAAGAAGUUAAGGAAGCUUUGAAAAAGACUGUCAUUAAGCCUUUGGCUUUCACAGGAACUUGA